AGCUGGAUCAUGAGGGUCGUCUUUUUGUCGCUGCUGCUGCUCGGCCUGUGUGGGUCAGGGGCUCGGGGGAUGGAUGGAGGUCUCACAGAGGAACUAGAGACAGAGCAGACGACAGAGCAAACCACCACUGACAUCUGGGUGUCGGUGAAGGCCCUGAGGAACAUGGUGGUGAGGCUCACGGUGAAGCUGAGUGCCAUGGAGGACAAAGUGCAUGCCAUGGAGGACAAAGUGCAGGAGAGUGAGAGUCAGGUGGGUGAUUUGUGGGCUGAGCAGAUCGUCACCAAGAUUCAGAUGAAGAUGCUGCAAACAGAGAAUUCAGACUUGCAGACCAGAUUAAGGAGCACUGAGAGAGAACUUCUUGUUAGCAAGUCCAGGAUUGACCAGCUGGAGGAAGAAACUGCAGCCAAAGACGCAGAACUGAAAUCUUUGAAAACGAGACUGAACGCCACAGAGAGCAGAACAAGUCAGCUAGAGGAAGAAAACACAGCUCAGGACACAAAACUAGAAUCUCUUGAAACCAGACUGACUCUGACCCAGAACACAACAAGUGAACUAGAGGAAGAAGCUGCAGCUCAGGACACAAAACUAGAAUCUCUGGAAACCAGACUGACUCUGACCCAGAACACAACAAGUACACUAGAAGAGGAAACUGCAGCUCAGGCCAUGAAUCUAGAAUCUCUGGAAACCAGACUGUCUGCCACUGAGAGCACAACAAGUGAGCUAGAGGAAGAAACUGCAGCUCACGCAACUGAACUGAUAACUUUGCAAACCAGGCUGACCUCCACUGAGAACAGAACAAGUACGCUAGAAGAAGAAACUGAAGCUCAGGCCAUGAAUCUAGAAUCUCUGGAAACCAGACUGUCUGCCACUGAGAGCACAACAAGUGAGCUAGAGGAAGAAACUGCAGCUCACGCAACUGAGCUGAUAACUUUGCAAACCAGGCUGAACUGCACUGAGAACAGAACAAGUACACUAGAAGAAGAAGCUGAAGCUCACGCAACUGAUCUGAUAACUUUGCAAACUAGGCUGACCUCCACUGAGAACAGAACAAGUACACUAGAAGAAGAAACUGAAGCUCACGCAACUGAGCUGAUAACUUUGCAAACUAGGCUGACCUCCACUGAGAACAGAACAAGUACACUAGAAGAAGAAGCUGAAGCUCAGGCCACGAAUCUAGAAUCUCUGGAAACCAGACUGAGUGCCACUGAGAGCACAACAAGUGAACUAGAGGAAGAAACUGCAGCUCACGCAACUGAACUGAUAACUUUGCAAACUAGGCUGACCUCCACUGAGAACAGAACAAGUACACUAGAAGAAGAAACUGAAGCUCAGGCCAUGAAUCUGGAAUCUCUGGAAAGCAGACUGUCUGCCACUGAGAGCACAACAAGUGAACUAGAGGAAGAAACUGCAGCUCAGACCACAGAACUCAAAUCUCUGGAAACCAGACUGACUUCCUCCGAGAGGAGGACAAGUGAACUAGAAGAAGAAACUGCAGACUUGCAGAGUGAACUUCUCCUCAGCACGUCCAGGAUCAACCAGCUGGAGACAGAAAACGCAGAGAAGCCUCAGGUGGCGUUCCACACAGGUCUGACUGAUACAGGAAAUAUUGGACCGUACAGCACAGACACAAACCUAAAAUUCAUCAAGGUCAUCACCAACAUCGGCAAUGCUUACAAUCCCUCUACAGGUUUCUUCACAGCACCAGUCAAAGGGGUCUACCAUCUCCAGUUCACUCUGGCUGGAAACAAAGCAGAUAAAUAUGGAGGUGUAUACAUGUACAUGAAUGAAAAAAGGAUUUUUUUUAAUGGAAAGAAGAGUGCACAUUUAGCACUUGAAUACUUCACUAACUCUGCAGUCUUGGAGCUGAAUGCAGGAGAUGAAAUCCACCUGGUUCUCCCUGUUGGAUAUACUCUCUAUGACAAUCUAAACAACCACUGCACCUUCAGUGGCUUCCUUCUGUUCCCACAGUGAAGAGGUUGUAUUUGGCUUUAGUGAGAUUUGUGUGACAUCUCACCUCAGCAUGCAUUCUUGAAAUAAACUGUACUACACGAUAAAUAAAUAAGUAAUUGAAACAUUAA